AUGCCUUUGCCGCAAUUGGCUGUCCGACGUUGUGUAUUUACCUCGGUCGACAUCCUGAAACGCGAUAUACACGACCACCCCGAGACCGCCUACAAGGAGCACCACGCCCAUGAUGCCAUCUGCGACUUUCUCGAAGAACUAGGGUUCAAACCGACACGCCAUGCAUACGGCCUAGAAACGGCCUUUGAAGUCCUGGCCGGAGAGGGACCCGGACGGUGUAUCAACUUUAACGCCGAGUAUGAUGCUCUGCCCAGGUUGGGACACGCCUGUGGGCACAACCUCAUCUCCACUGCGAGUGUCACGGCGUUUGUUGCGCUUGUCUACGCCAUCAAGAAGUUUGGCAUCAAAGGCAGAGCCCAGCUGCUCGGGACCCCGGCAGAGGAAGCUGGCGGUGGGAAGAUCGAUCUGCUCAACGCUGGAGCCUACACCCUCCCAGACGUAUCUUUGAUGAUACACCCGAUGUCAGACGAUAAAUACCUCAAAGACGGUGCGAUUGGCUCCGGGGGAACGACCUCGCUGGCAAGCUAUACCAUCAUGUGCACGUAUGAGGGUGUCAGCGCGCAUGCUGCAGCAAGCCCCUGGGAGGGAACCAACGCCCUGGACGCAGUUGUGGCAUCGUACAACAACGUAUCCAUGCUACGACAGCAGAUACGGCCCGAAGAAAGAAUCCACGGAGCCAUCAUGCAAGCUCCAAAGAUUACCAACGCAAUCCCGGAACACACAAAGAUCGGGUACACCGUCAGGAGCCCUACCGUUGAGGCAACCAAACGGCUCGGGGAACGCGUGUGUAAAUGCCUUGAAGCCGGAGCCAUGGCCACCGGCUGCAAGAUCAGCCUCGAGCAGGACCCCAUCUAUGCUGAUUUCCGCGUCAACAAGCCUCUCUGUAGCGCUUUUCAGAAAGACAUGUGGCUCCAGGGAGAGAAGGUGCUGGAAUCCGAGGAUGAGAGGAUGGCCGGCUCAACCGACCAAGGAAACGUCUCCCACGAACUGCCUGCUCUCCAUGCAUAUAUCGGGAUUCCUACCGAUAAAAGCGUCAAUGUGCACACUCGCGGCUUCGAAGCAGCAGCAGCAACCCAAAUCGCUAACGACAGAGCAAUCAAGGCUGGAAAGGCCAUGGCCAUGACUGGGUUUAGCCUCCUUGUUGAUGACGGCCUUUAUGGUCGCGUGUCGGCGGAUUUCAAGAAUACGACAUCCAGAUUAUCUUGCAUCUAG